CGCCGCGCGGCCGCGCCCUGGUGCUGAGUCGGCCCCAUCUCGCCCUCUUCAGUCCCGACCGUCACCCUCCUGGCCCCACCACUCAGCGGCGUCAUCCUCGCCGCCUCACUCCACCACUCGGACUGCUCCAAGCGCAGUCCGCCGGCCUGACAGCCGCAGCACCAGCGCAGCAGCGCCGCCUUGGACCCUGCAUAUCGCGCGCUCCCGCGCAGCUCCCUGCAGCUCGUCAUCAGCACACAGCAUGUCGGUGCGCUCCGACGACGGCAUGUCCAGCACGGGCGGCAGCAGCUUCGCCUACAGCGACAGCGACGAGCCGUCAAGCCCACGACUGCGCAUUCUCACCGCCUCGGCGCAGGACCUCGUCCUCGUCGGCACCGAGAGCAGCUCGCCGCCGCGGCACGACUCGGCCGCCAGCUUCCUGGCCGCCGACGAGCGUGCCCUCUCGCCGCCACCGCAGGGCGACGCAGCGCGGCUGCGCAGCGACAAUGCGCAGCGCUCAAGCACGAGCUCGCCGCGCGGCGAGCUGCGCAACAGCCUCCUCUCGCCAACGCUCUCCUCCUCGUCGCGCGCGCCGUCGUCGAUCCAAGACGAAGGCCUAAGCGACAUCUCAAGCCUCGACGAUGACGACUUUGAGCUCAUCGACGCUGCGGGCGGCGGCUCGGUUGCGGGCAUCAGCGAUCUGGCGGACAGCGCGCACUGGGACGACACGCCGCGCCUCGUCACGCCGAACAAUGUGAUGGCCGCUCCUCGCGCGGACAACCGGCUGCUAGAGGUCGAGGCGCUCAACUCGAGCCUGGGCAGCACGUACGACUUCUUCCGGACCGACGCCAGCAGCGCUCGCGAGGCCGACACCUCCAACGUGUCCACCGCGACGGCCUCCGCGGAGGUCUCGAUGCUCACCGAGGCCUCGACCAUGCGUGGCUCUCGCAGCAAUCAGCGCUGCUUCUUGCCACCGCAGAUGUCGGAUGCGCCAAGUAGUGGCGCGGCAGCUCAGCCAUCUAGCAUUGGUGACGAGCCCGCGCCACUGCCGACAUCGGGCAGCCUCUUCCACUUCCCGGACCCCAUGGAUGGCGCUCGCAAGUCGGAGGCCGAUGCGAGUGAGCGGCCGGCUGAGCGGGUCGAGAAAUCGACGAGCACGGUGCCAGCGACGGAGGCGCUCGUGGACUCCAAGUCCAGCAGCGGCGGCGGCAGCGUCAACAUGCUCAACGCCGCCUCGCGCUUCUCCUUCCUGUCGCAUGGCAACAGCAGCGCUGCACUGCGCAACCCGUGGGAUCCAGUGCCGAGCUCGCGCGGCAACAUCAGCAGCACGGCAGAUGCAGCGUCGAGACUGGCGUCGAGCGGCGAUCGUCACCUCGAGAUCGUCAAUGAGAAGCUCUCGCCCGAGGCCAUGGCCGUGUCUUCGUUCGCUGGGAGCCAUCCGGCGCUCAACACCGCUCAGCCUACUGUGCAGGCGGCACAGAUCAAGACCGAGCCUGCCGAGCGCAUCACCACCUCAUCGGUCGACGCCGCGAUCGACGCUCGUCCGGGUCCGACAGCGCUGCCUCUGCCUGCACAGCUCAACGUCUUCUACAUGGGCAGCCGGCCUGCGAAGCACGUCUUCGGACGCGUGGCGCAAGCGACGCGCGAGAGCCUGUUCAGCGCCUACGAGGCCGUACAAUCGACUGCUGAGCCGCUGUUCCUCGGAGAUGAGGUCCGCAUCGACGCUCGUCUCGGUCGCCGGCCAGCUGGCGUCGCAUGGACGCGGCGCACUUCGCGCAAGGGCCCUCAUGUCGAGCUGCAAGAGUUCGACUGCACCUCGGCGCUCGGUGACUCGGAUGCCACCACGGGCUCCGACAUCGCCAAGUUCCUCGCGACCUACGGUGCCGCCGAGCUCAAGCGUGGCGGUGCGCUGAUCAUCUGCUUCCUUGAGAACGGCGAGCGGCAGCAGCGCCUGCCGACCGAGCUUGCCGCGCUGCUCUGCGAGACACAUGACCUCAGCAAGCCCUUCUGGUCGAGGGCGCAGGCGAUGCCACUUCUGCUUCCGAUCCUCUGCCCGCGCUCGCCGAGCAACCUAGACGAAGGCGACAGUCUUUCCUCGAGCGCAGUCGCGGCUGACGGCGCGGCGGCGGCAACCGUCAGCAACGACCUCGUCCGCGCUCUGUCGCGUCAGCUCGACCUCCGCGCUGCCGAGCGCACCUGGCGCGCCGUCCUCUCGGCGACGUGCGCGAGCAUCAACGAGCUCAGCGCCACUGCGCGCGUCACGCAGCUCGCCGUCGAGUCGGCUCAGCGGUCGGACACCGUGCUGACAUACGAGCAGUUCCUACUCGGUGGCGAGGCCGAGUGGUUCGGCGGCGACGCUGCCUGGGUCGCCCGCGCUGCUUUCCGCGUCAGCCCGCGCGAAGGCACGCGUCUUGGCGCCGAGACGGAGGCUACGCCCACCUGGCUCUCCAAGACGGCAGUUUGGCUCACCUCUCUGCCGCACGUGGCUGCCACGACCGCGCUGGCAUCAAGCGAGGCGCUUCGAUCCGACGGACCUCUCGCGGUCGAGCUCACCGCGAGCCGUGCAACGGCGUCAGGAGCCUCGUCCUCCGCCAUUCGCGAAGCCACGAGCGCCACACAGACUCGCUCUGAGCCGUCAACGCCGCGCUCUCUGCGCCACAGGCUGCGUCCAACAUCUGUCUCGGGCGCCGGCGCCAUCAUCAUCAUGCUUGCUGGCGUGCUGCUCGCUCUCAUGAACGGCCGUGACAUACGGACGCCGGGCGUGGUGCUCAACCGCCCCUCGCCGAUGCUCGCCGGGACUGACUUUGCUGCGCUCCUCGACUCGAUUCGCGGCAGCUUCGGCAGCUCAAGCGUCAAAGCUUUCGAUGCCGCCGCUGCGGAGAAGAAUGGGCAGUCGAGUGCGGAGGGCUCGAGCCUGCGCGGCCGUGCCCUGUCCGCGUGGGAGUCUUUCGCUGCCGCUCCACCGCGCCUGAUGGCCGCCGUGGAGAGCAGCCGCAGCGCCUUCCUCGAGCGGCACCAGUCGAGCGCAACGGCGCCCGAGCUCCCUGUCAAGAAUGAGCCGCGCGCGGUCCGCAAGGUUCCGGCGUUCCUGCUGGCGGCCGACAAGCCGGCGGGCAAGGCUUCUGCGCAGGACGGCAAGAAGCCGCAACGCGCGUCGUGCCGCGACGUCACGGUCGUCAAUCAGCUCUCGAAGGAUGUGGCGGUGUACCAGCGCACGCGACGAAGCCGCAAGCCCAGCAGCACGCAAGCUCCUGCUCCGAGCACAUACGAGCACCUUGGCGCGCCCAUAGCUCCUCUCGCCGGCGCUGCCGUUACGCCUGGCGCCUCGUCAAGCGACCACGAGUGGACGCUGCGACUCCAAGCCGAGACGGCGAUGCUGAUGCGCGAUGCAUCGCGCGGCGCACAGCAGGUGCUAGGCCACCUCGUGCGCGAGUGGUCCUUCUGGGUGCUCAAGCUGCAGAUGUUCUACGAGCAGCACGUGCUGCCAUUCUACGAGGCUCAGCUGCGGCCCUUCUACGCGCAGCAGGUGCAGCCUCGCAUGGACGCCGCCUACAAGGACAUCAAUGCUCGUCUGCGCGACGCCAGCGCCACCAUCGAGCACACGUCUGGCAUCUUCCUGCAGGGCAUCCGCAUCGCUCGCGGCCGUCUCUACGAGCUUGACCUCAAGAAGCGCGGCGAGGCCUUCGGCAAGACGAUGGAAGGCGCAGCGCGGCAGGCCAGACACCUCGGCUCCCAGGCGAUCGACCACGUCAGCUCGGCGCCGCGCCAGCUCAAGGCCGCGCAGCAGCACGUCGCGAACUCGCGCGAGAUGCUCGACAAGCCACGCGCUGUGCUGCGCGCCAUCGAGCGCACCACGCGCGAGACUGAGCACGCUGCGGAGCAGGCUGCCGAGCAGAUCACUCGCGGCGCCGAGCACAUCUCUCGCGGCGCGCGCAGCAGCAUCGAGCGCGCCGUCGACGGCGCUCGCAAGACCAAGGCGGCAAUCAGGGAUGUGUUCGACGAGCUGCAGGCGACCGCCGAUGCGCGCCGCAAGGAUGCCGUGCUCAAGAUGAAGGCCUUCCACGCCGCCGAGCGCAAUGCGGCGCGCACGCAGCGACAGCAGCACCGCAAGCUCGAGCAGAAGAUGUCGGAGCAUCUGCGUCAGAAGAUCAGAGAGUCGCAGGCGCAGGCAAAGGCGCACAUCCAGGCGCAGGUCAAGGCCGGCGCUCGUGCGGCGGCGCACGUCAAGGCGAAGGCCAAGAGCCAUGCGGAGCGCAAGGGCAAGGGCCAGCGCGGCCGCCGUCAAGGCCACACGAAGGCAUGAGCGUCGGCCGCCGCGCACACCCUCACCCACUUUCUCUUUCUCGUUCUCGUCCGAUCGCACCCUCGUGUACUAUACCAAUCCAGUCGACUCCCUGACCCGCGUCUCCUCAUCAUUCCAGCCCACCGCUCCAUGUCCAGUCCCCCGUGUAUCCUCGCUUAUCUCGACCCUUACCCGCCGCACAGGCGCGGCCAUACUACCCUCUCACUCCAAUAUCACGUCUCGUUCACC